GGUAGAUUCAGGGAGUGAGUUACAGGGGUGGGAAUAAAAGCUGUGAUCCCAGCAGUCCUGGGCACUGAGGGACAGCGGUGGCCAUGAGUGACUUCGAGGAAGCGAGGGCGCAGCAGCUGGGAUCCCUGGACGAGGAAGAACUGAUAAGCAGCGGCUCCAGGUCUUCCUUUCAACGCUUUGGAUUCCGACUUACUGGUGGCCUCAAGAGCAUCGCAGGGUUUCUGGGCCAUGGCCCCAUCCCCCUGGUGCUUAAGCUGCUCUGCCUCAUGCUCUUGGCUGGGAUCCUGAUGGCCGUCCUUGUCAAAGUCUCCAAGGUCUCCCACUUCCAUGAGCAGAAGAAAUCAAAACAAGAGAACAUCUAUCAGGAAGUAGCCCAGGUGAAGGCUGAAAUGGGCCGCCUGUGCCGCCCCUGCCCCUGGGACUGGACAUUCUUCCAAGGAAACUGUUACUUCUUCUCUAAGUCCCAACGGAACUGGACUGACUCUGUCACCGCCUGCCAGGAAGAGGGGGCCCAACUAGUCAUCAUCAAAAGUGCUGAGGAGCAGAGCUUCCUGCAGUUGACUUCUAAGAAUAAAGGCGACACCUGGAUGGGGCUGUCAGACCUGAACAACGAGGGCACGUGGUACUGGGUGGAUGGCUCCUAUCUGUUUUUCAGAUUCAUGAAGUAUUGGAAUGAAGGGGAGCCCAACAAUGAUGGGGAGGAAGACUGCGUGGAAUUUAGAGGCGAUGGCUGGAAUGACAGCAGGUGUGAACUUGAAAAAUUCUGGAUCUGCAAGAAGUCCGCGGACUCCUGUUCCAACAAAUGAAGUCUGGCCUCUCCUCAGCCUCUGCAGCCUCUGCAGCCCGGUCCACCCUGCUGGGUGGUGGAUUUUUAAAUCCGAUCAUGCCACGUCUUCCUCUCGUCUGUGGGCAUCAAGAUUUUACCAAUUGCCCUGAGAUUCUUCUGUCUCAUUCCCCAUCUCCCAGGGGGCUGUGACGCGAUGCUCCUUCCUCCUAGGCCUCUGGGUUCCCCUGGGCUUUGAGGUUGUGGUUCUGGACCUAUUUCUGUUCUAGGGUAGGGGCUGCUGGCCACUCAAAAGCUAAUAUUCAGCAGAUGAGGGUUAGGAAGGAAUCAGGUUUACUCCUCGUGUGGCACCUUGGAAGAGGGAGAGAGAGGACCACUGUCCUCAAAGCAUUGACCUGGGAAACUCAGGAGCGCAAGAGCUCUUUUUUUUUUUUUUUUUUUUUUUGCGGUGCUGGGGAAUACGAACCCAGGGCCUUGUGCUUGCAAGGCAAGCACUCUACUGACUGAGCUAUCUCCCCAGCCCACGCAAGAGCUUUUAUAGGGAGGGAAAAGCGUGACAGUGAGACGGUGGCAGGAAAGCUGCAUGCUGAGAGGAGUUUCCAUGAUCUGGGUGUGUCUCCAUUUUUUCCUCUGGCUGGAACACUGCAAUAAACCUCAACUUCCUGGGGUGAGUUUCUUAUAUUGAAAUCUACAUGUUAUUUUUCUCCAAGUUGAAGACAUUUACAUGACUUGUGUUAGUGGAUGCAUAGUAUAAGGUCACACCGCCCCCCCUCUUAGGUGCCAACAUGGCGCUGACCGAGCUUCCCAAUUGCAGCUCAACACCCUACCCAGACCCCCAGCAACAAGGCUCACCCAAUUACCGACCUUCUCCCCCUGGUGCCAACUCGCACCCAAUCUGUGCUGGACAUCCCGCCCAGACCCCAGCAACAAGGCUCACCCAAUCAACCAUCGCCCCGCCCCCCAGCAACAAGGAUCUCCCAAUCAACUCUCACCCCGUUUCAUGCCCCAACCAAUCAGUCUCUUCCUGGCCCUAUAUAAGUGU